CUCCGUGCUCGUUUCAACGCUGAAAACGCGCUGAAAAUCUCCCAAAAAACACAUUUUCAAUUGUGUUAAAGUCACGUGUGUUGUGGUGAAAAACUGAAAAGGUGAUCGAUAAAUGUGUCGGUUUUUCACCGCUGAAACAUUAAUUAAUCGCCUGAAAUGACGCUGGAAUGUCACUGGUGAAAAAAUGCCAAGGUACGACUGACAAGGCGAAAAAACACAACACAAAAAAGCGAAAGCGUCCUCGAGCUUGACACAAUGGAUUUGCGGCCGUAACACGACACUAAUCCGCCAUCAUGAAUCUGAUCAAUAUGGAUGCCGAAAAUCGGGUGGUCCUCAACGUCGGAGGCAUCCGCCACGAGACCUACAAGGCGACGUUAAAGAAAAUCCCGGCCACUAGAUUAUCACGGCUGACUGAAGCCUUGGCCAACUACGAUCCGAUACUCAACGAGUAUUUUUUCGACCGGCAUCCCGGAGUUUUCGCGCAGGUUCUCAAUUAUUACAGAACUGGCAAACUCCACUACCCUUCAGACGUAUGCGGCCCCUUGUUCGAGGAAGAGCUGGAAUUCUGGGGUCUGGACGCCAACCAAGUCGAGCCAUGUUGUUGGAUGACAUACACUCAACAUCGAGACACGCAGGAGACCCUCGCCGUCCUCGACCGCCUCGACUUGGACACCGACAAGCCGAGCGACGAGGAAAUCGCCCGGAAAUUCGGCUUCGAAGAGGACUACUUCAAAGGCACUCUCUCCUGGUGGCAAAUGAUCAAGCCGAAAAUUUGGUCGCUUUUCGACGAGCCCUACUCUUCAACAGCCGCAAAAGUCAUAGGUGUUCUAUCAGUAUUUUUCAUCUGCGUUUCCAUUCUCUCGUUCUGUUUGAAGACUCAUCCCGACAUGAAAGUGCCCGUCAUAAAAACCGUAGCCGUCCGGACUGCGAGCAAUGGGACAGAUUUCGUCAUCGAUAAAACAGACACUGAUGCUCAUGUCGCUUUUUUCUACAUCGAGUGCAUCUGCAAUGCAUGGUUCACGUUCGAGAUCUUGAUUCGCUUCAUCGCCUCGCCCAACAAAUGCGAAUUCAUCAAUUCAUCGGUGAACAUAAUCGACUACAUCGCCACCGCGUCGUUCUACAUCGACUUGAUCCUCCGGCGGUACGCAGCCCACUUAGAAAACGCCGAUAUAAUGGAAUUUUUUUCAAUAAUUCGAAUCAUGCGACUGUUCAAACUGACUCGACACUCGUCCGGAUUGAAAAUCCUCAUCCAGACGUUCCGCGCCUCCGCCAAAGAACUCACCCUUUUGGUGUUUUUUCUCGUGUUAGGUAUAGUGAUUUUCGCCAGUUUGGUCUACUACGCCGAGAGGAUACAGACCAAUCCCGACAACGACUUCAAGAGCAUUCCGCUGGGGCUGUGGUGGGCACUAGUCACUAUGACGACGGUGGGGUACGGGGACAUGGUGCCAAAGACAUACAUCGGGAUGUUUGUGGGGGCCUUGUGCGCCCUCGCUGGCGUCUUAACCAUCGCACUUCCGGUUCCGGUCAUUGUCUCCAACUUCGCCAUGUACUAUAGCCACACUCAGGCCCGCGCGAAACUGCCGAAGAAGCGGCGACGCGUCCUUCCCGUGGAACCAACAAGGGGUCCUCGACUUCCGGGGCAAACCCCCACUGCGCCCCCCGGUCCCGUCCCCCCAUCGGCGCAGAAUCGGCGAAUGAACGCCGUCAAAUCGAAUCAUCCAAAGGACAUGAUGGGCGGGCCCGGUCCCAAAAUGGGUGUAAUGAGUGUAGUGACGUCGUCGCUGAACCCCAACGGCUUGGAAUCGAAUCCGGCCGUGAUGAUCUGCAAGCCCAAGGAGUUCUCAUCGAGUCAAGUGAACUUGGCCCAAGGCUCGACCCAAUGCUACACCACACUCAAAGCUGCCAAAGACCUUACUUUACAGGAAUGAAGUGCUUUCGUUUCUUUUGUACAGUAGCAUAUCGUGAUACGUAGUAUUAAGGGGGCGUAAUAUCACACUCGGCAUAUCUCGGGGGGUGGGACCAAUCAGUAUGCACAAAACUAAGUGUUAGGAGAAAAAAUUCUAGAUGUAACUCCCGGCUAUUGUCCACCAUUCUAAAUUUCUCGAUUUCUCCUCAUUGUUAUUGUUGUAAAUUAAGGGUCCAUGUUGAAUUUACAAAGUUUAUGGCGGGUUUAUAUAUCACAUAUCUUUGCGUUUCGAAUUCGGACCAAGAAAUUUUUUAACGAUCAUUGUGAUACACCACUUUUUUUCGGUUAGGAGGGGUUUUAUCGCUGUAUUACUGAUUCAGAUUUUUGGCCUUUGCUCUUUACUGUAAUAUAAUGUAGAUCUAGGGUUAAAUAAGCGACUGUAUGACUAAAUAACUAUAAAUUUUGAGACACGAGUCAGUUAGACUCGAAUCCUCAAUUUAACAAAAUAUUGUCUUUAUUACAAUUCCGGUCAAGUGUAAUAAUCACAAUAUCGCAUUGUAUUAUAGUAAUAAUAAAUUUAAAUAAAUGAAAAACAAAUAUUUCCAUGUUACGAGCGACUUUGUUAUAUAUACACAUUAAACAUUGUAAUAAGUACACUUAUUUCACCUUCUCACCACGUAAUUAUACGAUAAGUUGUUGGAUUCUUCCUGUACAUGAUAUAAAUUGUAGAAAUUUCGAUAAAUAAACAA